CCGACCGUCUUCCGACAUCCACCAUCUGCUGGACGUCCUCGGCGCAGAUUAUUCAGCAAUCCUGUACGCUACCACCACCGUUAGCGCACGAACAAUCGAGUACAGGCUGUAGCGGCAGCAGCAGUAGCAGCAACAGUAGAAGCAGCAGCAGCAGCAGUAGCAGCAAAACUACUAGAUCUACCAACACAAACACCACCACCGUAUCGGUGGCUCGCCAGUGUUCGUGGAGUGGCUGCGAUGUGAACGUUGGCCUGCUGGUACCUAGUGGUAGCGGCAGUGUAAUGAACGUUCACAUGACUGGCGGUCCGUGCCUUACGCGCAACAGUUCCUGGGGCCCGAGCGAUGCCGGACGGGCGUCGAUUUCGAACCGGUCGGUGCUAGCGGUGACGGAGGUGACGCGUAGCGGAACUGAAGCCUACGAGAAGGACGAAAUACCCUGGCACCCGGGCACGGUGAAGCGCACGAAGGAGCGCAUCGAAGAGCGUUCAUCUGUUGCUGCGGCAGCGGCUGCUCCUCUCAGCAACGCCGCACCUAGCGAUGCCUCGAUACCUGCUGCCACCUCCUCCUCUACCAUCAAGCUGGUCUGCAACGAGCGGUUGCACGCCAUCACCGGUACUGCCCGGGAACGAACCAGCAAUCGAAAACGCCGAGGGGAGAACGAUGGAACAGCGAAAGCUGAUCCAAACACUACUAGUGGGUCACCGGCGACGAGUGAUCAUCUAUCCGGUACAAAGGUGGAUAUCCUAACCGCCGACACGGAACCAAACAGCUUGAAGUCCUUAACAAUAACAACAACAACAGCAGCAGCAGCAACAGCAGCACCAGCAGCAGCAGCAGCAGCAGCAGCAGCAACAACAACAACAACAACAAAAACAACGCACACGGCGGCCGGUAAGGUGCGCGAUCUGAAAAUGAGCUUCGAGGCAAAAACGGCCAAGGAGCGGCGAAAGGAAGGACAGAAGAAGGUUCGCUCGUUACCAUCGUCCCCCGUGGCGAUUCAUAUUGAACUCGGACAAUCGAAGCACUCGGGCCCGGCCGGAUGCGCUCAAAGCGGGAUUGUCGUCGCCAACCCGACCCUACCCACACUAGUCCGACAGCCAUCCUCUGCCUCCUCUUCCUCCUCUACCUCUUCGUCGUCGUCCUCCUCUUCCUCCUUCUCUUCGUCCUCCUCUUCAUCCUCGUCAUCGUCGGCUUCAUCAGCAGCUUCCGCUUCCGCGACGACAGCCAACGAGGGGAGCUGCAGAAAGCCGGCUCAGCAACAGCAACAGCCGCAGCAGCAGGCAAAAGUACCAGUGCAGCCUCCCGAAGAUGUAACCGUGCGCGAUCUAGUGGAUCGGUAUGAGGUACACGUGCCACGGCUACGUACCAGUAGCAGUAGCAGCAGUACCAACGCCACCAGCACCACCAUGCCGCGCCAGCGUCCUCGCUCCGUGUUCGAGCCGCUGAAGAGCAGUGCACAGGCGCAUUUUCCGUUGCAAGCUGGUGCGAGCAAAAUGACUGGAUUCGGCGGUGGUGGCAGUGGCGGUCCUUUGAUGUUGUCACACUCAACUGCACUGAUUCGGACGGAGGAUUUCUCGCGCCCGCCGGUACCGCCGACGGUGCCGCUAGUGCGUGGUCUCGUUCUGCCGUGCCUUACUGCAGUGCCACCCUCGACGCAGCACUCGCAGCACCAGCAGCAGCAGCAGCAUCCGCCGCAUUCGAACAACAACAACAACGUGGGUCAGCACCUCAGCAGUAACAAUCCGGGCCCCGGAAGUGGUAAUAAUGCUAGCAACAACAAUAUUACCACUAGUAAUAACCACAACAACAACAAUAACAACUUGAUUGGUGGCAAGCGAAUGCUACAGCACGGCCGGACGCACCCACUCGCCAAGAUAAAUCCCACCACCGCGGUCAUGCACCAUCAGCAAUAUUAUCACAAUUUACACUACUGCUUUCCGCAGCAACAGCAGCAAGCAGAGCAGCAGAAACAACAACAACCGACCAGCCAACUACAGCACGCACAAGGACAACAGCAGGAACGGAAUGGUGGUGGUGGUGGUGCAGGUGAUGGUAGUGUUGCUGUUACUACUGGGACUGCGACUACUACCAGUACUACUACUGCUGCUACUUCAAUCGCUGCUCCUUCUCCCGAUGCGCCUUUAUCGAUUCCGGGUACUACUGCUUCCGGUACCGCGCACGAUAGUGUGAUACCGUCGCCUUCUCCCACCGGCACACCAAGCAGUGUAGCCGCAAACACAUACAACACAAUGUAACACGCUCCUUUACAGGCAACGUACAUCGCACAUACGCGCUCUCGUACAAGUUCGCUUUCGCUUCGCCCCAGUAGUGACUUGUGAUCUCUUCGAUUCGUUCGUUUGCAUGUUUUUUCUUCUUCUUUUCUUUGCAUUGAUGCGCUCGGAUUUCUUUACAAAGGCUCUGCGUGUACUCGUGCGUGUUUGAAUGUACUUUUAUACAAACGUUAAGAAUUCUCGCCUUACACCCGAGAGCCCGAGAGCUAACAGUUAGUUGCAUUUUCGUUCGUUAAAUUCGGGCAUGUCUUCAAAUGCUGUCGUAAUAUUAUUAUUUUUAUUAUUUCUAUGAUUAUUAUCAUAGUUAUAAUUAUUAUCUUCAUUAUUAGUUUAUAUUUCAUUAGCAUGUUUAUUCUAGUUAUAUGUUUUCUCGUUUGCACCGCGUCUAUACGUACUAGGCUAAUACCUUUGUUUUUUCGAGGCAAUACUCUCUAAACAAGAAGGGAAAGAUGAAAGAUAGGAUAGGCGAAGAAAAAUUCAAAUCAUCCUAGUCAAAACAACUGCACGUGCUAAACGUUAAAGAAUUUGUCCUAAAACUGGAGCGAAGAUCUCGCAGAUCGGCUCAGCUUUAUCGGAAGUAAACAAAAGAAAUCGAAGCAAAUGAAUCGUUGGUAUUAUAGGAUUAAUGAGCCAACAAGCGCUAACAAGCGAAAAAGCAAAACCCCCCUCUCUAUGCUUCAGGAACGAAAUGACGCGAACAAAUCGAAUAAAUUGCUGAUUGCUUCAAACGAAAGAUACCCCUGACUAGCCACGUAAACGAAAUUGGACAAGGAAGUAAUUAAAGAUUAUUUGAUUCUGAAUGGAUUUGCGCUUUACCCUCGUCUCUCUGAGUUCCGUCCGACGCUCAGCAUGACCCCUUCGUUUCGCCCCACGCUACAAAGGAAUCAAACGCCCAAUGUAGUGUUACGCCCCCUUGUUUUAUUCCUGUUUUUGUUAUUAUCAUUUUGUCACACGUACCCGUUAGAACUACCGUAAGCGGUAAGGGUCAAGAUCAUUUGAACGCUGCUUCGCAAAUAUGUAAAUUGUACCAGGGUUUUUGGGUGCACGAUGAAAACUAGCCACAAACAAUAAAGGGAACGUGACCGCGAUGUUUCGUCAGGGCAGUAAGAGUGGAGCGGUUUAGCUUGUUCUUGUAAAAGGUAGGGAGUAGAGGAGGGCUAUGAAAGAUGUAGCAAUUGAUGUAGAGAGAGAAAGAGAAGGAAAGAGAAGGAAAGAGCGGGGGUUACGCUCGGUCGAAUACACUGUUGUACUGCAUCGUACCAAACCUGCUGUGCAUACUUAUACAGAUAUAUACAUACACAUAUACAUAAAAAGGAACAAAACCAUAAAAAAUAUUAUAUGGGAAAUUGAUGAGAUUAGCCCCAGCAAGGGGAGAGGAGGGAAAGGGGGAGGUGAAGCUGAAGGCCUCUCGGUGUACAACUCCGCACUACUGCUUCUACUCGAAAUACGCAGCUCAUCCCUCCAUCUCGGAAGGAAGGUCCUUGCCGAGAGGAAGGUAAACUAGCAGGAGGGACCCAGGGAAGCGGAGGGAAACACCACGCUGACACCCCACCAUAACGCAACAAAACCCUACUGUACAUGGAAUGUUUGUAUUUAAACAAAGUGAAAGGUGAAAUGCAAGAACACGAAACAGUGCAAGAUAAAUAAAACAAAUGAAAUGAAAUGAAAUGAAA